UCUCUCCUUUCUUUGAGCUCUCCGUCUCUCUCCUUCCGCCCUUCGUUAUUGAACGAGAAAGAUAGACAGGAAAAUAUAUAAAUAAAUAAAGAACCACUCUCACGGCCCAACUCCAUCCAUCAAACCCGAAAGGUCAGCGAGGAGAGAGAUUCCUACUCCUUGCCCUAACUGACCUUCCCCCUCCUCCCCCCUCUUGUCCCUUCCACAUUUCCCAGGCUUUCACCGAUCGAAGCCCCAACCUUUUCCUUUUCGUUUUCCCAUUUCUACCCGCUCAUCGGUCAGGGACGCUGGCUGAUCCUUGAUCCACCAUAUUUAUGUUACAUAUUACCCCCGAUUUCGAAGUAGCGGAUAUGCGAUUUCCUUAUACUCGAACCUCUAUCUUCUGGCAUCUGAGGGUUAGGGCUCGCAUGACCGUGAUGAAUAUUUGAAAUUCCGAGGUCCUCAACGGAGUUUCGCCUUCGAAGGGUUAGAGUUAGGGAAUUCGGGCGAAUGGAUACUUCUGGCAACAAUCCCGACACCCCGCACAGGAGAAGAUACGGAUUGCCAUCUGCUUCCAGCAUCAUUCAGGCACCACUCUCGGCGUUGUUGGAGUACUCGGGCCUUGUUCGUGGCAGCACUGCCAGGUCUAAUCACCAAGAGACCGAGGGUUUGAUUCACGGGCGUGUAUCUUCUCUUCAUGCUCAGGACCAACCUACCACUGCGAGUGCCACCAAUCAUGGGGAGGUCUCCAUUAGGAUAAUCGGCGCAGGGGAGCACGACCAUGAUGACAGGGAAGCCACUGCCACUGGCGCUGCUACGGCUACCGCCACUACUACUGGAUUGGUUGUUGGGCAGCAUCAGGGUGGAGAGGUCGCUGCUUCUAAUGAGAUGGCUGGCAUGGCAUCCGAGACUCGGGAAGGAGACUCUAGGAUUGAGCGUGGCGGUGUGGGAGAUGGAAUUUCCCAAUCUGUCAAUGCAAGUGCUGAUGGAGAAGCUGCGGAUGCAAGUGCGGCUAAUGGGAGGGAUUCUUCUUACCAGAGAUAUGAUAUUCAGCAAGCUGCUAGGUGGAUUGAACAGGUCCUUCCCUUCUCCUUGCUUCUUUUGGUGGUCUUCAUUCGGCAGCAUCUGCAAGGUUUCUUUGUUACCAUAUGGAUUGCUGCUGUCAUGUUCAAGUCAAAUGAUAUUCUACGUAAACAGACCGCUCUCAAGGGGGAGAGAAAAUUGUCUGUUCUGGCUGGGAUAUCUUUUGCAUUUACAAUUCACGUUGUUGGCGUAUACUGGUGGUAUCAAAAUGACGAUCUUUUGUAUCCAUUGGUGAUGCUUCCUCCAAAAGCUAUCCCACCUUUCUGGCAUGCUAUUUUCAUCAUUAUGGUGAAUGAUACCUUGGUUCGGCAGGCGGCAAUGAUCUUCAAGUGUAUUCUAUUGAUGUAUUACAAGAACAGUAGGGGCCGAAAUUAUCGUAAGCAGGGUCAAAUGCUUACUUUGGUCGAGUAUUUGCUGCUGCUGUACCGUGCCUUACUGCCUACGCCAGUCUGGUAUCGAUUCUUCUUAAACAAAGAAUACGGAAGCCUCUUUUCAUCCCUGAUGACAGGGUUGUAUCUUACUUUCAAGCUUACAUCUGUUGUUGAGAAGGUGCAAUCCUUCUUUGCGGCAUUAAAGGCAUUAUCACGUAAAGAGGUGCAUUAUGGGGCUUGUGCAACAUCAGAGCAGGUUAAUGCUGCGGGCGACAUGUGUGCUAUUUGCCAGGAGAAGAUGCAUUCUCCCAUCCUACUUCGUUGUAAACACAUAUUUUGUGAAGACUGUGUAUCAGAGUGGUUUGAGAGGGAACGGACGUGCCCGUUGUGCAGGGCUUUGGUCAAACCUGCGGAUCUCAGAUCAUUUGGGGAUGGAUCAACUAGUCUGUUUUACCAGUUGUUCUAAAUUCUUAUUGCUUUAAACCAGGGAGUUUUUCUGCUUUGAAUUCCUGAGUCGUUAUUCGAAGCAGCCUUCUCCCAAUCUUUUCAUCAAAACAGGUAGUUCGGCCACUCUGCCAUGUUCAUGUGUUGCUCUGGAAAGUUAAUUUAAGUGCCUGGCUUAGCUAGAAUCGAACUGGCAAUAUGUUCAUAUGUUGUAAUUGAGAAAGGUUGGAAAUGUAUGUAACUACGGAGGAAGUUCUCGUGAGGACUUACCAUAUAUGUAACUGUUCGUUUUCCCAUGAAUGGAUGAUUUUUUCCCCCUCUC